AAUGUUUCAUGUGUUGUCACAGCAAGGAAUAUCAUGGCUUCAACUCUGCUGCCUGGUUGGAUCUUGAUAAAAAUAACUUGACUAAUACUGCUAGAAUUUCCUAAUGCGUUUUUUAUGAGCAGAUCACUUCAUGUUCAUUCAUCCAAACACUGAAGCUGUUGCUGGUUGCAAUACAGAAAAUCUGUAAUUAAGUUUAGUUACAAUGGCUGCAGUUUGGAAACAUCAAUUGCUGUAACCAGUGUGUGGUCUUUCAGUUUUGUCCACCGGGUGGCAGAGCUGCGCAUGCAUGAUAUUUAUUAUCUAAGGAGUCAAUACGGACCGGAAGUUAUUAAACCUUAACUGAUUAUUGACUUGAAAGCAAGACCCUAACCCUUUGUGUUGUUUCUUGUACUGAACUGUUAUUUUGGAUAUACGCAUUAGUCUAUGAACAUAUGGUUGAUUGCCCUUAUAAUAAAAAAACACUACAGAUUAACUUAAUGCAGAAUGAGGAAAGGCUCUAAUCAGCAUCUAUUGGAAUUGAAAUAUGCAUCACAGUUUUCUGAAAGCUGCAGGGGAAAACAUGCUUGUUGUAGUAGGUGUGGGCGGCUUUAUGAAUCAUCCUCAGAGGUGGGAGGGGCCCUGCUGGUAAAAUAUUCCUGUGAGAGCGGCGUCACCACAGUCAACAGUGGAAUGUAAUUUCUGCGCAGGUCAAAGCGUUUAGCAAAAAAAAAAAAAAAAAAGCCAAAACAAAAGGAGAACCUCCGCCUUGACGCCGUGAGCGGCAGCCAGCCUCCUCUGCGCUGUCCUUUUAUUCGAGCGUCACAUCCCGCUGGCCGGAGGAAUGUAGAGACGGAGCGCUUUAAAAAUAGCAUCCUCUCCUCUGACAGCGCGGCUCCGGUGGCUCCGCGGCACUGUGCUGCGAGAAGCAGGAAUGCGAAGAUGGCUGCAGACCUAGGAGAGCUGCUGGUCCCGUACAUGCCCACCAUCCGCGUCCCCCGGACGGGAGACAGGGUCUUCAAGAGCGAGUGCGCCUUCUCCUUCGACUCCCCCGAGUCUGAGGGAGGCCUGUAUGUGUGUAUGAACACAUUCCUGGGCUUUGGACGAGAACAUGUGGAGAGACAUUAUCGCAAAACAGGCCAGAGUGUUUACAUGCACCUCAAACGACACGUCAAAGAGAAAGCCACAGGAGCUGCAGGAGGAGCCGUCCCCAGGCGAAGAAACGGAAAAGUGUUUCUAGAUUUAGAGCUAAACCGCGACUUUAACGGAGAGGACUAUGAAUAUGAAGACGAGGCCAAGCUUGUCAUUUUUCCAGAUCACUUCGAGAUUGCCUUACCAAAUAUUGAGGAGUUACCUGCUCUGGUGACCAUCGCCUGUGACGCAGUGCUCAAUGCACCAUCAGCCUACAAGAAGCAGGAGCCUGAAUCGUGGGAGGAGGAGAUCCAGGUGUCCAAACAUGCCAGGAGCCUCAGACAGCUGGAUAACGGCGUCCGAAUCCCCCCUAGUGGCUGGAAGUGUCAGAAGUGCGAGAUGAGAGAGAACCUGUGGCUGAACCUGACUGAUGGAGCGGUGCUCUGUGGGAAGUGGUUCUUUGAUGGCAGCGGAGGCAACGGCCACGCUCUGGAGCACUACAGAGAGACCAGCUACCCGCUGGCCGUCAAGCUGGACAACAUCACCCCGGAUGGAGCAGACGUCUACUCUUUCGAAGAGGAGGAGGCUGUGCUGGACCCCCACAUAUCCGAUCACCUGUCACACUUCGGAAUAGACAUGCUACAGAUGCAGAAAAGAACGGAGAACGGGCACCACACGGACAACAGCGCCCGGCCGCGGGUCAGCGAGUGGGAGGUGAUCCAGGAGUCGGGCAUGAAGCUGAAGGUGGUGUACGGCUCGGGGUACACGGGCAUCAAGAACCUGGGCAACAGCUGCUAUCUCAGCACAGUGAUGCAGGUCCUCUUCAGCAUCCCAGACUUCCAGAGGAUGUAUGUGGGUAAUCUGCAGAGGAUAUUUGACUAUUCGCCCCUGGACCCCACGCAGGACUUCGCCACACAAAUGGCUAAACUGGGACACGGACUGCUCUCAGGCCAGUACUCCAAACCACCCAUGAAAUCUGAGCUCAUUGAACAGGUGAUGAAAGAAGAACACAAGGUAUUAAACUGGCACCAGCAGAAAGGCAUCUCUCCCAGGAUGCUGAAGGCCCUGGUGAGCAGAGGACAUCCAGAGUUCUCCUCCAGCAGGCAACAGGACGCCCACGAGUUCCUGCUGCACAUGGUCAACCUGGUGGAGAGGAACAGUGCCGGCUCAGAGAAUCCCAGUGACAUCUUCCGUUUCCUGGUGGAGGAGCGAACUCAGUGCUGCCAGACGCGCCGGGUCCGCUACACUCAGCGGGUGGACUACUGCAUCCAGCUGCCCGCCCCCAUUGAGGCAGCCACCAAUCGAGAGGAGCUGCUGGCGUACGAGGCCAAGAGGAAGGAGGCCGAGGAGAACACGCGGGCGCCUCCGGAACCGGUGAGGGCGCGGAUCCCCUUCACCGCCUGCCUGCAGGCCUUCACGGAGCCGGAGAACGUCCCAGACUUCUGGAGCUCAGCGCUGCAGGCCAAGUCGGCUGGAGUCAAAACUUCCCGUUUCGCCUCCUUCCCAGAAUAUCUUAUAUUGCAGAUAAAAAAAUUCACGUUCGGGGUUGACUGGGUGCCAAAGAAACUAGACUUGACUAUAGAGGUUCCAGACUUCCUGGAUCUGAGCCGGCUGCGGGCCACAGGGAAGCAGGCAGGUGAAGAGGAGCUGCCCGACCUCAUGCCUCCCAUCGUGCUACCUGAGGACACCAGAGAUAACUCCAUGAGCUCCAUAGACUCUCCAGAAAUAGAUGAGGCGGCAGUGAUGCAGCUGGCAGAGAUGGGCUUUCCACUGGAGGCCUGCAGGAAGGCUGUGUACUACACGGGCAACAUGGGCCCCGAAAUGGCCUUCAACUGGAUCAUAGCCCACAUGGAGGAGCCUGACUUUGCCGAACCUCUGGCUCUGCCCUCCAUGAUGGAUCCUGGGCCUUCCACCAGUGACGGUCCCGUGGGUGCCACGCCGCUCGACAACUCGCCCCCUGAGGAGAGCAUCGCCAUCCUCACCUCAAUGGGCUUCCCCCGCGCUCACAGCAUCCGGGCGCUCAAAGCCACGAACAACAACCUCGAGCGAGCGCUCGACUGGAUUUUCACGCACCCGGAGGAGGAGGAGCUGGACACGCUGUCGGACAUGGCCGACACCGAACCCAACGACAACGCCUUCUCCAACGCCACCUCGCACAGCGACUCCACGCUGUCUCCGGACAGAGAAGCGUCAGGGCCGCGCGUCAAAGACGGACCGGGACGCUACGAGCUGUUCGCCUUCAUCAGCCACAUGGGCGCGUCCACCAUGUCCGGCCAUUAUGUUUGUCACAUCAAAAAGGAGGGACGGUGGGUGAUCUACAACGACCACAAAGUGUGUUUGUCAGAGAAGCCUCCCAAAGACUCGGGCUACAUCUACUUCUACCACCGACUGUCGAGCAGUUAAAGUCCAGCUCCGCACCCCCGCCCCCUCCGACCCCGCCACAGCCCCCGCCCCCCCCCUCAGACUGGCAGACCUCUGUAACAACGGCCGGUGGAAACGAUGGAAACAGCCUCUCAGACCAGCCGCGCGCCUUAACGUGAGGCCGGGAGCUCCAGGAGGACGGCUCACGAGGGGAAAGCGCAGCAGGUUUAGUGCAUUUGUGUCAUGCUACGCUUUUAAACGCGGACUCAGUGUUAAUGCUACGGACCGUGUGGGUGCAGAGGGAUGUGUGCAGUUAGUACGUCUGGACUGUUCUGCACGCACAACAAUGCCACAUAUCAAACCCAUCGUUGCUUCUCAACGCCUUCGGCUCCUGCGCCGGUGUUUUCAAAACCAGUACAUUUUAUAAAUGUAUUUUAAAAAUGGCGACGCGUCACUGCCAGCGCUGCUCUGGAAAUGACUGUGCAAGCAAUGUUUUUUGUUUUUUUUUAAUCUCGAGGGUAAUAUUUUGGGUUAUUAAGAGAAAUCACAGACACGGUGUGCAGGUUUCAGAAUGAAGGAGAGCAGGUGGCUAAACUACCAGGACCGGAUCCCAUUAGCUCAGAUCGAACGACUGAAGUUCGUAGACGUGGACUUUUUAAUUCACCAGCAACAAGCAAUUGAAUGUGGAAUUCAACAUAUUUUCCGCUACAAUUUCGCUGAACGGAACACUUAAGUGAGAAAAUCUUAAAUUCAUCAGUAUAUCAAAUCCUGAGUUGUACCACAAAUUUCUUUUUUAUUAAUAAUUUUUUGCCUCAAUUGCAAAAUAUUUGCAUAGUAGGCACCAGAACGGCGUCUCUGCUGCAGCUGGUCCACUCGGGUCCCUUCAUCACUCUGACAGAUUCAGACUGCGACCCAGAAGGUAAAAUGAAUGUUCCCCUCGACCUGUUACCAAUUUUUACAGGUCACUUAAUUCACUUAUGCAUCUGAACUUUGUUUUCUAAAGCAAUAUGCACUUCAACCAAACCUACUGUGCGACGGAAGCUGAACGACGCCUCGUCUCCUCCGCGCCGUUCAGUCUUAUGCGGUGAUGAAUGUACGACCUCCCUGGUGCUCGCUGCAAACACAACCUCGACCCGAACACACAGCUGGUUUAAGACUUGUGCUGUGUAGUAACUGUUAGCUGAUGCUGGAAUGGACCUUUUUUCUCUUUCUCAACAUCUCACUGUUUCUAUAUUGUAUAGUGGUAUUAUUUUAAUGCUCGGUGGGACUGGAUUUACAUCAAAACUGGAAGUUAGUGGCAGGAGUAUGACUGCCCUUAAGAAUGUUAAAUUAAAAGUGUGUCUCUCCUCGAGGCCACUGCCCUCAAAGACAAGAGAAGCGUCACCAUCCGAGAGCACAGAUAAUAAUCUUUAUUUCGCCGGUGCUCCCCUUCACCAACGCUGCGUCUAGACUCCCCUGAGCAGAGCUUCCCUUUAUUAAAUCCCGACCUCUCGUCCUCACCAGACACUACUUGACAAACUGCAGUGGUCCUCGUCUACGCAGCUCUCUAUGCAAGUCUCGCUUCUCCGCCGUUCUUCCUGUAAAUGAGUCUCAGAAACCAAACUGCACCUUGUGUCGUCGGUGGACAGGUGAUAACGCCCCGGCUCGGCAGUCGUAAAUGUCCUCAGAAACUUUGUGCAAUUAAUUUCCCGGCACCUUCUUUGUUCCCUCGUCGUCCUCCUCUUUGUUGCGGCUCCGUCUCUGCCGUUCCUUCUAGGCUGUUAAAACGUGAUGUUCAGUUUGCCACCAAAAGGGUUUUUCACUGUCUGCAUGUGCUCUAGACGUCGACAUUUAGUCAUUUGGAUUGUACAAUUGUACUUUUGCGAGCUUUGUUCAUUUAACUAAAUGUCAAAGGUUCUUGACCUGGUUUUACUCUGUUGCCUUGUUGCAGACAUGUUGGCGCUGGUUCUGAACUAAUUACUUUAAGUUGACUUUUGUAACUUAAGUAUUUAUCCAAAUCUGACUUAAGUGUAUGUGAAUAGUCACAACCGUACCGUGUAUCUAAUGGCACUGUUAACUUACAAUGUUUGGAUAAUUUAAUAAACUACACCUUUGUUGAGA